AUGACAGAUCAACAGAAAGACCAAUGGAUGUCAGAAGCUUUUAGUCAAGCACAAGUGGCAUUAUCUUCUGGAGAAGUACCAGUGGGUUGUGUGUUUGUUUUCAAUGGUGAAAUUAUAGCCCGAGGUAGAAACACAGUUAAUGAGACCCAUAAUGCCACUAGACAUGCAGAAAUGAACUGUAUUGAUCAGGUGCUAAUGUGGUGUAAAAGUAAAUUGUUAGACCACAGAAUAGUAUUUCCCAAGAUAAGCAUUUUUGUCACUGUGGAGCCAUGUGGCAUGUGUGCCGAUGCUCUCGGCCAGUUACAUGUCUCUGACAUAACGUAUGGUUGCUCCAAUGAUCGCUUUGGUGGUUGUGGUUCCGUUGUAAAUAUACCAAAAUUAUACAAAUAUCCAAUGAAAAUUCAGAAGGGAAUUCAAGCUGAAAAAGCAGUAGAACUUCUUAAGGAUUUUUAUAAAGGAGAGAAUCCCAAUGCUCCAACUGGAAAAGCAAAAAGAAAAAUUAAAACUACCUAA